AUGGAGACACCAACGCUGUCCGUGGAUCAGAUCAGUGAUGUCAUCCAGAAAUGGAGAGAGACACCAGAGGAAGGAUGGACGCCAGAAGACGUCAAGCUCUUCCUUGACCUUGGAUACAGCUGCAUUGCUCAAGGGGAUGCAGCACAACUCCUAACAUUUCUUCAGGAUGUGAGAAACAAGGAAAUUGUCCAAUCUAUGGGCUGUGGUCUCCUGGCACCUCUUGCAAAUGAAAUGACUAAAAAGGAGAAGACUCUGGUCCAAUGUGAGAUGGCGAUGACUCACCUCACCAUGACCUGCAGGCCAAAUGAGCUCCUGUAUGGUCUGCUGAAAUUGAUGGACGAUACUGAUGCCAGUGUUAUUUCAAAUACCAUCAUAGCAUUGGCUCCACAUCUUCACACAGUGCUGCUUCGUAUGGGCGAGGGACGAGCGGCCUCUCUGGACUCGGCUCUGUCUUCCAUUCAGAAGCAGCUAUCCCGCCUGCCGGUGCCUUACACUACGCAGCUGGAAGAGUCGGACCAGUAUGGCCUGUGUCGCAGCUGUAGCGCCCUGACAGACUUUGUCAAGCCCUUCGUGGAGGAAGUGAAGGGAAAAUAUGGCAAGAAGAGCUCACAAUGUCUUGAAGACCAAGAGCUGAAUGAUGUGCUUCUUAAAUUCUGCAUGAGGUGCCUGAGAGAGCCAAUAUUCCAGGCUCAACUAGACCCCAGCAGAAAGUCCCCUCUGUGGUUCUUUGCAGUAGAGAUAAUGGCCAUAUUGGCAUCUCUUCAAAAGCCUUUGGCUGACCUCGUGCUGUAUGUACCCAAGAAGAGAAGCAUCGUGGUGGAGGAGACUCAGGAGACUGAUGAGUGCAGGGCGUCCUUUGCCUACCUGCUCUUCGUCCAGGGCAUCGGCAUAGACUACUUCCCUGCAGUGUUCAGCCCUAGGUUUAUACUUCAGUCUAACAUGGAAUACAUUAAUCUCCUGCUCAGUAGAAAAGACGAAUCAUACGUACUUAAAGGACUGGAAUUAUAUGCCCGAAGCUUGGACAGUGUAGAAGACGGUAGUCUUACAGUGGAUCUACUUGAACUGAAGACGUUCUACAGCGUUCAGCAGAACUUGCGACAUAUUCUCAUUGAGUGUCCAUCGCAAAAAUUGAGAGAGCGGAGCCUGCUGGUGCUUCAGUACUUCAUCAACAAGUUGAAUUCAAAGGCAAAACACAGAUUUUUCAGGUGUAUGCUGAAAACCAGCCAGCAUUCAGGAAUAGAGGGUUACAUCGUCAAAAACAUAAAAAAUCAGGUGGAAUUUUCAAUGAAGCCAGGGAACGAGAAUGAAUGGUUCUUUGGAGUGGAGUUUAUUUACCUACUGGAGCAGGCGCUGAGUUUACCACAGGGCGCUGAAACGUACCUGCUGCAGAACAUGGACAGGAUAAUGGAGGGCCUGAAUCUUCUACGUUAUCUUCUCAUCAGAGACAAAGAAUGGAAGAGCAAAUCAGCUGCUGUGUGGGAGGAACUGUGCCGUAUCAAAGAUGACCAUCUUAAAAUGAUGCGUCUUGGCAUCACCAUGUCAAGAACAUAUUACAUCAAUGAAGCAAAGACCCUGCGGGAGGAUUACAAACUGAAAGCAAGAGAGGCUCGGGCUGCAGCUAAAUCGACUCAGCCAAUCAAAGGCUUGAACAUGAAGCACGACAAGAUGGCUGAUAUGUCCCCAGAGGUCCAGUACCAGGUCAUCCAGAAUGCGUUGGUGUCCUUUGACCUAAUGGAAAGCCUUAUCUUUCGCAUUGAAGAGAUAAUGGAUGAGAAGGCCAAGAGUGUAAAUUAAGGAGAUUCAUUUUAAAGACUGAAAUAGUUAAGACACCCCAAUCAACCAAUUGCAGGGCACAGCAUUGACCAAAACAA